GAUUCAACUCAGCAUCUCAUAGAAACAAGGAGAAAGUAUAUCUGCACUCAAGUCAAAGAAACCUGAGCACGACACACAUAGCCGUUGCCCAUAGUCGUGCGUCACUUAUACUUCCAUUCGAAUAUUGCACCAUUUAAUAUAUACCCGAAAAGCAAACCAACAAUGGCCGAGCGCCGCCUCAUCAGCUCCGGCUCGAAAUUCGAGUCGCAGAUCGGCUACUCCCGCGCCGUCGUCAGCGGCGACUGGGUCUUUGUGUCGGGCUGCACGGGCUACGACUACAGCACCGGCGAGAUCGCAGCCGGCGACGUCGCCGCGCAGGCGGAGCAGACUUUCCGCAACAUUGCGUCUGCCCUGGGCGAGGCCGGCGCCGGCAUGCGCGAUGUUGUUCGCGUGCGCUACAUCCUGCCCAACCGCACCGACUUCCCCAAGAUCUGGGACGUCACGAAGCGCUGGUUGGGCGACGUCCGGCCCGCGGCCACCAUGGUGCAGGCUGGCCUCAUGGAGGAGGCCAUGUUGGUCGAGAUUGAGGUCACCGCUAGGAUUGGGGGUGCCGCGGAGCCGGUGUUUGGCCUUUAGGUGGGAGUGUCUUGUGGGCAAGGUUGAAAGGGGGGCUUGGUUUAUGGUGUGGCUGUGGUGUUGGCUCGGCGAUGAGUGGGCUACGAUUGUUGUUUUCGUUCUGGGAGCCUGCAUGACAGCCCGGUUAAGUGGAUUCAGCACAAGUCAGUCGCGAAUCUAAACUGCUAUCAACUUUGGCGGGCAGGAGUUGAUUUGGUAUCAAAAAGGUUCACUAAUCUGGUUGGCUAGGCAGUUUCAAGAGUGGCAUGUUUUAAGUGUGUCGGUUGUCAACGCUUCAUGCAGUAGCCUAAGAAGCAUGUUAAUAGUUUCCGACUCUUCGCCUCGAGGUCCAGAGCGAACCUCAAGCUUUUGACAAGACAACCUCCCAGCGGUCUUCCCAGCCGACUACUGCGGCAGGUUGCCACGGUCUGGCAUCUUGUCCGACAUGUCGUAGAAAUUGCAGAGGAGAAAGUACGCGCCGGGAAUGGUGGUGUAAGAGUCCCAGCUCAUAGGCUUGGUGACGAAAUCGGGCGCGGCCUGAUGCGCUGUGCACAAUGAUGCAUACUAGCCCUCGACAGCUGCUUUACAGUUCUUCCAGGCAAAGACCUUGAUGUAAGAAGCACUUGCUGGUCCCAUCAAACAAGGUGGCAUCAAUUCUCUUGUUCCCGAAAGUGAUUCCUUCAACGAGGGUAGGAGCUUCCAGAGCACACAAAAUGUCUUUCUGGAUCUCACAAGCGGGGUAAUAGAAUCUAAAACAGAUAAUCAACACCGGCGCUUAGACACUUUUAGUUCACGCAUCUUCACCCCGCAAGUAUUGGUAGAUAUUUGUUCAAAGCGAAGAGUGCAUUAUCAGAUCCAGCUGCAUGUCCACAAGUCUCCUCAUUC